GAAUGAAGAGAAAACUCAAAUUAUGGCGAUUUGUUGUUUUACGAUACUAACGGGAGUUGUAGUAUUUUGUCAACACAGACAGUGGUGAUUCAACGGGACGUCUUGGAAGAAAACUUUUCAAAGAUUUUCAUCCUCGCCGAAAGAAAACCAAACGGAGUCAGGAUCAGGGCAGGUAGGGGACCUGGAUGCACAUUCACACCCACUGAGGAUGCUCUGAACUGGGAAACAUCUGCUGAAGUAUCCCCCUUAACGCAGAUAUGGCCUCAGCGACGUCCAGCCCAGGACCUGCCUCUCUGGGCUCGCAGGUUCAUGCAGCAGCUGUCAACGGAGAUAGGAGCGCUCUCCUCAGACUCAUCACCGCAGAGCCCUUGCUGAAGGACCGUGAGGACCAGUUCGGCCGGACCCCUUUGAUGUACUGCGUGCUGGCUGACCGUCUGGACUGUGCAGAGAUUCUGCUGAAAGCCGGAGCAUCGGUCAACAAGACCGACCUCAGCCAGCGAACCGCUUUGCACCUCGCUGCACAGAAGGGGAACGUGCGUUUCCUGAAGCUGCUGCUGUCCAGGCGUGCUAACUGGCUGCAGAAAGAUUUAGAGGAAAUGACCCCGCUCCACCUGGCCACCAGACACCCCUCACCUAAAGCGCUCGCCCUGCUCCUCAAACAUAUUGGACCUGGAGAGGUUGACACACAGGACAAGAAUAAGCAAACUGCUCUUCACUGGUCAGCAUUUUAUAACCGACCAGAACACGUUCGCCUUUUGAUCAAGCACGACUCCAACAUCGGCAUCCCGGACAGUGAAGGCAAGAUCCCCCUGCACUGGGCUGCACACAGUCAGGAGCCCAGUGCCACGGAAACUGUCCGCUGUAUACUGGAAGCAGCACCCACUGAGUCCCUGCUGAACUGGCAGGACUAUGAGGGUCGGACGCCCCUUCACUUUGCCGUUGCUGAUGGCAACGAGGCAGUAGUGGAGGUGCUGACGUCUUAUGAGGGCUGUAAUGUAACAGCUUAUGAUAACCUCUUCAGAACACCGCUGCACUGGGCUGCUUUGCUGGGCCAUGCGAAAAUCGUCCACCUGCUGCUGGAGAGGAACACAUCAGGCACUAUUCCCUCAGACAGCCAAGGAGCAACACCUCUGCACUAUGGGGCACAAAGCAACAAUGCUGAGACAGUUGGCGUGUUCCUGUCCCAUCCGUCAGUGAAAGACGAGCCUGAUCUAGAGGGGAGAACAGCGUUCAUGUGGGCUGCUGGGAAGGGCAGCGAUGAUGUCAUUCGCACCAUGCUGGCCCUCACCCCAAACAUUGACAUCAACAUGGCAGACAAGUACGGUGGCACUGCGCUCCAUGCGGCCUCCCUGUCAGGCCAUGAGAGCACGGUGAAGCUGCUUUUGGAGAAGGGCGCAAUGGUUGACUCUCUGGACGUCAUGAAACACACACCACUGUUUCGUGCCUGUGAGAUGGGACACAGAGAUGUCAUACUAACACUGAUUAAAGGUUCUGCACGUGUUGACCUGGUGGACGUAGAUGGUCACACUGCUCUGCACUGGGCAGCUCUAGGAGGGAACGCUGAAGUCUGUCAGAUACUGAUGGAGAAUGGGAUAAGUCCCAAUGUACAGGAUCAUGCAGGACGGACUCCACUGCAGUGCGCAGCUUACGGUGGUUACAUCACCUGCAUGGCUGUUCUCAUGGAGAACCACGCUGAUCCUAAUAUACAGGACAAGGAGGGCCGGACCGCUCUCCACUGGUCAUGUAACAAUGGCUAUCUUGACGCUGUGAAACUGCUCCUGGGCUACAAUGCCUUUCCCAAUCAAAUGGAGCACAGUGAGGAGAGGUACACCCCUCUGGACUAUGCUCUGCUGGGGGGGCACAGUGAGGUGACUCAGUUCAUGCUGGAGCAUGGUGCUCUGUCCAUAGCAGCUAUCCAGGACAUCGCUGCUGCCUCAAUCCAGGCUGUCUACAAGGGCUACACUGUCCGCAAGGCCUUCAGGGAGAGAAAGCAGCUGCUCAUGCGACACGAGCAACUGCGCAAGGAUGCAGCCAAAAAGCGAGAAGAGGAACAGCGGAGGAGAGAAGCCGUGCAGCAAGUUUCAGGGGCCACAGCAGAGAAACGGAGGGUUUCACCCGUGAAAGCAGAGCAAGAAAAGCUGUCCUUAGUGAGCAUUAUAGAAGACUUAUCCAUGAAUGAUUCAUCUGUGGAAACAAAGAAAUCAUCCAAAGCUGAACGCAAUAAGAGCAAAGAGGAGAGACACAGAGCCCACAAAAGCAGGUCCUCUAGAAGAAGUAAAGAAGCUGAACCGCAUGAUUCUCCUGAAGCUUUGGGCUGCAGUCAUGUGAGCAGUGAUGCUUCGCCCGAUGCUCUGCAGACCACAAGGCUGACAGAACUUCUCUCUCCUUCCGGCUUCAGACCCACACCUCCCUCCAUGCCCAAAUUCAGGGAACGACCUUUGUCAAACUCAGCCAGUCCUUCCACAGCGGUCUCCCCUGUGGACCAAACUGAGGCCAGUAGAAGAGACUGCACGCCUCUAAAAAAGAGUAACGCUCACACGAGCGUGCAGACUGCCCGGGCAAUGACCGAUGCCCACACCUCUCCACAAAAACACAGAAGACAUAAGGAGCGUGCUUCAGAGAAGGCCACAACCAAAGACCAAACUCGCUCAGCCUCAUUAAGAAGGAGUUCAUCUGUAGAUCACAAAAACCCCCCGAGAAAGGCUCAAUCUGCCGCACAUGCACCGAUGUCAACACGCGCACACAGGGAGUACAACAAGGAGCAUCGCAGGAGGAGAAACGAGGCUGCACGCAUCAUCCAGCGUGCCUGGAGAAGGUUUUGUGCACGCAGACGGAGGGAGGUAAAAGCCCAUGAAGAGGUGGAGUCCAGACAUUCAAACUACACCCAUAACAGGAGGAAGGUGGAAAUCAGAGCUCAACCUGCUAAACCAACACAGAGUAAGAGCUCUGUGCUACAAAGCAUCUACGGCAACUCAAAGUCCAGACGAGGGCGUUCAUUUCGGGACUCUCAGUCUCAGCUGCUCUUGGACAUCCCUCAACGCACCCAGAGCCAGUUGAGCGGUAUAGACUGUGUGCCUUUGACUGACACCAUGAAUCAAGCCAAGCUCUACUCUUACCACCUGAGACCACAUAGCGCAGGACAGGGGACACGAGGCCGGGGAAAACAUUGAACACACACACAUACGCGCAAACAUACACACACACACUUCAUGUUCUUUGAUGUUUUCUCAGCUGGCUGGCAGUCUUGCCUCUAUAGAAUUACUCUACGCAUUGUUCACUCAAUGUGCCAAGUUUUCUAAAAUUAAGCCAUAUGACAUCAGAGCCGUGACCUCACAGGGUGGGGUUAAGUCUACAGAAAAUGGUGUGUGUAAAAGAUAACCUUUCAUCCAUUGUGGAAGGAACACAUACACACUCCAUCUCCCUCCUUCUCCGUCGCUGUCGCACACACACUGAGAUAACCUUUCCUCCCGUUGUGGAGAAUGAGGCAGUCUAUCAACAGCCAGUCAUAGAGAUAGCCCACCUGCAGCCACCGAGACACAAACACACACACACACACACACCACACACACUCUAGUCUUAAAGUGCUUUCCCUCUCAAAAGUAUUAUUUGUGAACUAUGCUGUUUUUGCUGUUCUUUUUUAUUUGCA